AAGAAAUCUGCCGUGGCCUUGGUGUUUCUACUAAGGGAACAAAAGCUAAACUAAUUCAGAGGAUUAGGGCUGAACAGUCAGAAAAAAUAAGAAAGGUACCUUGUGAAGAUGGUGACGAGAACGAGACAAUAGAUGCAAACAUUGAGAGAGCUCGCGCAGAAAUCAAGAGAAAAGCAAAGAUGGCACCACCAAAAACCACCGCACAAAAUAUAGGAGAUCUAAAUGGUCAACAGCAAGCAAAUAGAGAAAUGUCGGAGAAUAGAAAGAAAUCAAGAAAAUGGAACUACCAAGAUAGUAGUGAAAAUGAGAGUCCAGAAACCUUAAAACGCAAAAUAUUGGCAGAAUUCAAAAAGUUGGAAAAUGCGAUCCUAGGCUUCAAUGACAGAUUAAACUCA